AUGUUUGGAGUGAGGUACGAUCCAGAUAAUGAGUUCAACGUGCUGGCCAGUCUGUUGGAAAGGCCCAAUUUGAAGAAGAGGAAAAGAGACGCGCUCAAAAAUGCAAAUGUGGACGAGCAGGUGUCCAGCACCUCCUCCGAGCAAAGCAACCUGUCGAGCGAACUGUCAAGUGAGGAGGAGGACGAGGAAGAUGAAAGCGAAAAAGACGAACACGAGGAAGAUUUACAGAGGACCACAAACAACGACGAUAUGGAGAUUGACGGAGCCCGCGAAGCGCUGGUCCACGAAUACGAAACAAAGCACCAGUCGGUGUUUGACAAGUUCAAGCAGUCAGCAGCUCGCGAUACAAAACAAGACUCAACCGAAGAUGUCGAGGAGGAAAUCGAGACUCAGGACCUUGCACCACUCCCACAACCCCAACUCCCACGAGAUAGACGGCUACAGUCAACGUCGCACUACCUCAAAAACCUUGAUUGGUUAACUAAACCCGAAUACAUUUCAACAACAGAAACCAAGCCCUUCUCCGCAUAUGCCCUUUCCCCAUCCAUGGUCAAGAAUUUGGAAACACUCGCGUUUGAUAAUGCCUUUGCCGUCCAAGUUGGCGUGCUCAACAAGAUGAUCCCCGAGCUAGGUGCCAACAAGAUCCAGCCCGACGCAUUUGGAGAUGUGUUGGUCAAUGCAUCCACCGGCUCGGGAAAAACGCUCGCAUACUCGAUCCCUGUGAUUGAAUCCUUACGAGAUAGAGUCGUGCCAAGAGUGCGGGCUAUCGUGCUUGUGCCAACCAAGCCCUUGAUCAACCAGGUACGGACCACCAUGUUGCAGUUGUCGCAAGGAACGAGCUUGCAAAUCACGAGCUUGAAAAGCGACAUUAGCAUUCAGGAGGAAAGUGAAAAGUUAAAGAGUUCUGUGCCGGAUGUUAUCAUCAGUACCCCUGGUAGACUCGUUGAGCACUUGGGGUUGAGCUCAGUGUCAUUAUCGAGUUUACGGUUCCUCGUGGUUGAUGAAGCCGAUAGACUUUUGAAUCAAUCAUUCCAGAACUGGUCGCUGAUCUUGAUCAACAAAAUCAAACAAGAACAGCAGUACGAUAUUGCCAACAAUUGGAGUUUAAAGAUCCAGAAACUAGUGUUUUCCGCUACCUUGACGACGGAUGCUGGGAAAUUGUCCGCUUUGGACUUCUACAAACCAAGAUUGCUUAUUGUGAAUGACUCGCAGCACCUAGUCAACGAGUUGUUUUCGGUGCCAGCAACAUUAACGGAACACAAUUUGAAGUUUGGAGUCGCCAAAAGCUCGAUCAAGCCGCUCAUCCUUGCCAAGUUCCUCAUCUCCCAGCACAAGACCUCGGAUGUGCUCAUAUUCACAAAAUCAAACGAGUCGUCGAUCCGCUUAUCCAGUCUUUUACAACUAUUGUUCGAUGUGUUUGACCCGCUGGUGCAAGUUGCAUUCAUGAACUCCACAAACAACCGCACUUCCAUCAGGACCAGGAUCUUGAAAGAUUUUGCGACUCGAAAGAUUAACAUCUUGGUGGCGACAGAUUUGAUAGCGAGAGGCUUGGACUUGACCUCCAUCCACGAUGUGAUCAACUACGAUCUUCCCAACUCGUCCAGAGAAUAUGUCCAUAGAGUUGGUCGUACAGCCAGGGCAAACCAGCCUGGAGAUGCCUACAAUCUAAUCUUUGGAAAAGGCGAGCUCAAAUGGUUCAACACGUUCAGCAAGGAUGUGAGCAGGAACGACAAGGAAGUCGAGGAUGUAGAGUUGGACUUGAAGAGCUUGAUUUCCGCCGACGACGAGGAGAAUGUGUAUCUGGCGGCAUUGCUGAAACUACAAGCUCUAGCACAGAAAUAG